GGACAUAAUCAUGCAAGGCUAUCAUCAGAGGAGUUUUGAAAAUCAACGGGAUCAAAGGGAGGAGGAGACGAUUGUCGUGGAUAUAGUGCCACCUCAGUACCAUCUUCACAGCACUCCACCGAAUAGUCCCCCAAUCAACCAGUGCAUCAAAUCUGAUAAAGAUGUUACAAAUCAGGAGAAGCAACCUCAGCAACAGCAGACCCUAAACAACAUGGAUCCGAAUAUGCGAAGAUACAGAACCGCAUUCACUCGUGAACAACUCAGCCGAUUGGAGAAGGAGUUUGUCAGGGAAAAUUAUGUCAGCAGACCUAGAAGAUGCGAACUGGCGACGCAACUCCAACUUCCAGAAUCUACAAUCAAGGUAUGGUUCCAAAACCGUCGCAUGAAGGACAAACGGCAAAGAAUGGCGCUGGCAUGGCCCUACAUGGAUCCAAAUUUCGCAGCAACAUUGGCGACAAUAGCAGCGGCAUCAACACUACAACACCCUCCAUAUCCAACACCUGCUGCUGGAAUUCAUCUCAACUAUCCUCUGCCCGCUGCAUAUUAUGGAGCCCGUUUCUCUCCCUAUGGAAGCUCUGCGCCAGCAACGAACGCAGCAUCCCUGCAGAGGCCACACCUCCAGUCGCCGAGUUAUCCUCAUCACCCACACAUUCUCCAACCCCACCACAACCUGCCGCCCCUCCAUCUACCAGGCCUAGGCGUGCCAAAUGUCGGCAACACACCGUACAUGAGUCCACCACUUUCAACCAACACAACACCAACCUACAGGCCCACAAUGUUAUCAGAAAUGAGUCCAGUUCAUUCUGACACCUCCAGUGAUUGCGACUGCUCUGGAUCAAUUCAUCCACACGGUGCAUGUCACAUUGCCUCACGUGACAAGGCAUCGCCACCACUAAAACCAGUUGCAAGUCUCGCGUCGCCAAUUCAAGCAAUGCACAAUGUUUACGAACAAAAAACAAUCGCCGAUUAUGGAAUUGGCCUCACAUCAUCGCCAACAUUACAAAAAGGUAUUAAAGUCGAACCACCGAAACUCUUCCAACCGUACAAAAAUGACAUCACAGAGAAAGCAUAGACUAGAAUUAUUUUUGUUACGCUCUUUAGUUUCUUCAUUGUACUUUAAAUUCGAAUUUUGAAUUCUUUUCCAAAGAAAUAAAUUAUUUUUCAUUUAAUUCGGUAUUAAACUUAGUCCCGAAUUCAGCGUCGCGUCGAUACUAAGGGUUCGAUUUUUUCAAAUGUUUAAUUCAAUUACCAAAAAAGAGCCCAAACAUUUCUUUCAAAACUCCAGUGAAAUUUUUAACUAAUGACGCUAAAUUCGUGGAUGAAAAUUCCAUAUAAAAAUGGAACUUCCU